AUGUCCACUUUCUCAUACCAUUUGGAUCAAGAGCUGAUGAUGCUCCAUUCAACCGUCAUCGCCCUCAACGAGAGUCUCCUGACUCUGGACACGGCGGCACAAAACGCGGCACAGAACGUAGCACGAGAGCCUGAAACAGCCCUAAAGCCAGUUCGCGACGCAACGACGUACGCCAUCGGCUUGAUUCACAGCAUUUAUCCAUCGAUUAUGACCUUGAGGGGUUCUGUGCAAGUACUGAGAGAUCUUGGAUGUAGAGAGCUCAUCGUUCGUGAAUAG